AUGACAUAUGCUACGUUUGUACCUGCUUACUCUUCUGGAGGACCUGGGAUCGUCUACAGUAAUAAAGGCGAUAAAAGCAUAAUAAGUGCAGAUGCGGAAGUUGUCACGGAAGUGUACUAUGCUGAUGUUCAAGACGUCAUACAACCUACUUUCCUCAAAGGGGCUGUAAAGGAGUUUUAUCAGUAUUUUGAAUACCCACUAUACAAGGAAAAGAAGAUACCUCAAGAUGCUGAAGUAUACAAUAUGACUCGCUCCACAGGACAUCGUGCUAAAAGAGGAUUUGUCCCUUUUAAUAAUGACUGCAGGAUGAAGGUUGUGUACGGUUUUGAUUCUGGACGGAGUAGCAAUCAUCUUAGAACAUGUCAAAGGCCAGAAACUAUAAACGGAGUGGGGGUAUUCACAGAUUGUAAUAAUGUUCGCAUUACUUCACCACUGGUUUAUCAAUGCAUAUGUUGUUCUUGGGUUACAUCCAUCAACGUAGCUAGCGGUGAUUGUCGGUGUAUGAGUAUGAAAUGGUAG